AACAAAGGACUCUUAAUUAGAGCCAUCUGCCCGAUUCAUCGUUCAUCCAUUUUCAUCCGAUUCAUCGUUUGUCCCACGUCUGCUCUAUCUCUUGCGGUCUCGCCUCUCGACCUGUGUUCUGAGCUUCAGAUCUCCGAAUCUGUUUUUUUACUUCACUCAUUUGGGCAUCGGCGUAUUUGGGACCUGGGAUUCGAAUUUCUCCUUCACCUAAUCUGCGGGUGGAAACGUCCUGGCAGCUAAAAAGUGAUAUUUGAGGAUGGGUAAUGCUUCUUCAAUGUUAACCCAGUAUGACAUUGAAGACGUCCAAGACCACUGUAACCAUCUCUUUAAUCAGCUAGAAAUAUUAUCACUAUACCAGAGGUUCUGCCAGCUUGAUAGGAGCGCGAAGGGGUUCAUAUCAGCCGAUGAGUUUCUGUCAGUUCCGGAGUUUGCCAUGAAUCCCCUCUCCCAGAGAUUGCUCAAGAUGGUAGAUGGAUUAAACUUCAAGGAAUUUGUAGCUUUUUUGUCAGCCUUUAGUGCCAAAGCAAGCAUGAGGCAAAAGAUUGAACUUAUCUUCAAGGUAUAUGAUUCUGAUGGAAAUGGGAAGGUGUCAUUCAAUGACAUGAUUGCGGUUCUUCAGGACUUAAGUGGCGCAUACAUGUCAGAUAAGCAAAGAGAGGAUGUUUUGAGCCGUGUUUUGCAUGAGGCUGGUUAUACAAGGGACUCCUUAUUAUCUGUGGAUGACUUUGUUAAGGUGUUUGAUCAUCCUGGCUUGAAGAUGGAGGUGGAGAUCCCAGUUGACUAGCAGCACCAAUUCUUGUUAUUCUACAACAGUACAACUGCAGAGUCUGCGGACUGCAGUGGAGUUUUGAGUUCAUAUUGUUCUGCCAAAUAGUCGUGUUUUUGUUUUACAUUCCCUCCUCCCUUUUGAGAAGUAAAGCCGUAAAGGUGUGCAAAAAGACACACAUUAUAUGAAAUUUAUUUUGACUAAUGGGCUAUGUUUCUGCUAUUUUGCCUCAAUGUCCAAAUAUAGCUGUUCUGGAAACACAAAUAUCAAUUUAUUUUACCUAAUCCG